ACUUUUCCGGCUGAAAUACGACUGACCGUCGGACGCGUACGCGUCGCCGCGUUCGCGUCCACGCGAAUCAUUGCAUAUUUAAAUACGCGAUUACAUCACCGGCGCCCAAGGGAAGGAGAGAUGACCCUACGUGGUCUCCCUCUUCUUGUAUCGAUGUUGGGAGAAGCUACGGUAAGCGUACGCGCGCGAGGGCUGCGUGCGGCACGAGAAAAAUAUUUAAUGAGAUAUUCCCAUUGGCCGAUUAUGGUAGGGAGCGCCCAUUUCAUGACUUCAUAGGACUUCUCAGUCUUUAUGCAGUUAUUCUAGAAUACACAUCGAGGCCUCAUUGGCAUAUACGUUGACAAGGAGAGAAAGUUUGAGGGAGAGAAAAAAAACACUGUUUCGUUACUUUUCUGAAAGAGCGUGUGUCCCGUUGCGUAGAAAUUCAUGCUCUCCCCCGCGUGAAAAAAACGAAAACGAAGAGAAAUAAGGGAUUAUGACGCGUAAAAGCACAAUUAAUCGCACGUUAAAAUUAAUGCUCACUCUGUGCGGUAUAUGGCCGGGCACAUCGUGUAUUAUAAUCUGCAGAGCGUAUUGGAUUAUCGCGUUAGCAACAGAUGAAAUUUGUCACUACCGUUAUCUUUUAAUGCAUUUUCACUCUAACGAUCUUUUUGACUUGAUGGACUGUUUCAGCAGUUUCCUAACGCAAGUCAAAUUUACGAUUAAGUUGAUUAUAUUUUGGCUGAACGAACGAAAAUUCAUCGAGAUCUUGACGAUGAUGGCAGAAGAUUGGAACGAUUGUGCUGGCAACGACGUUAACAUGCGCGAAACGGCGUACAAAGCUAAAUUAGCAGACCGUAUCACUAACGCGAUGUUCACUCUUCACACGUUGACCAUCGUUGCGUACAGUAUCGGCAUUCUCUUGGCCGACGUCGACGUCACCAGUCAGUCCGAAUUACCUCUUCUCUUAAAGGUGGAGCUUCCUGUCGACAUAAAUACAAAACGCAUGUAUAAAAUGCUAUUGAGCAUGCAAUUCGUGCAUCUUAUCAUGUCCGGCUGUGGGACGGGUUUACUGAACGCCUUGCUCUUAACUUUGACUUUACACGUAGGUGGUCAAAUGGAUAUCCUACGCUGCUGGUUAAACGAGCUCGUACCGAGGGGAAAUGGAGAGAGAUCCGAAUCUGUCGCCGUUACGACAAAUAAAAUCAUUCGCAAGCAUCAAAGAAUCAUUAACUUUUCAGAAUACAUUGAGGAUUUAUAUACAUAUAUCGCGUUAGUGCAAUUCACCACGAACACUGUGCUCAUUUGCUCCUUGGGGUUUCUAAUCGUAACGGCAAUUGGCAGUCCCGAUGCGACGGAGCACAUAGUGCGGUCUCUUUUAUUUUACACUGUAACGAAUCUCGAAGCGUUUAUAUUUUGUUACGCAGGAGAAUAUUUGAAAAACAAGAGUAAAGCUAUCGGAAAUGCGGCGUAUAAUUCCGCCUGGUACGAAAUGAAACCUAAAAAUAGUCGUAAUUUGAUUUUCGUGAUAUUAAGAGCGCAGAAGCAAUUGACACUUACAGUUGGAAAAAUAAUGGAUCUCUCCUUAGAAUCUUUUACAAGUAUCAUGAAAGCCUCGGGAUCAUAUUUGUCGGUAUUGCUGGCUAUGCAAUAAACGCAUAGUAUAUUUGAAGAUUUUUAUACGAUAGUCCUCAAGCAUAUAUCGUGUAAUAUAUCUUCAGUGAUAGAAAUGUGCAUAGUACAAUUUAUAUUUUCAUAAUAUGAAAAUAGCAUAGUAAAAUAUAGCCUAAAAUAGUAAUAAUUUAGAUAUCCUAAAACAAUACUAAUUUACGGAUAAACAUAAAAAGAUAAGUCAUUCUUCUUGUUAUCAAUACCUUAAUAGAUCCUUAUUUCCAAGGAAUAGUAAAAUUAUAUAUAUAAUAUAAUUUUGUGUGUGUGUGUGUGUGUGUGUA